UUCAUUCGCAAACACAGAGAGAGAGUGAGAGAGACAAAAUGGGGGCUCAAAACAGCAAAGCAAAAGCAGCCGGCUACGUGAAGCCGCCGCAUGGCGAUGAUGUGGAAUCACUAAAACAGAACAACCAGCAGGAGGUGAUGAAAACCAUUGAUCACGAGGAUCUCGUCUAUGACAAGACUCCGCUGUCUAUCAGUUCGGCUCAUUGCUGCGACGAAUUGUUAGUGCGAAUUCCAAAGAACACCACCAUCCCAACCAAGAAGUUCGAGUUUGUCACAACCACCGCGUUGGACAACCAGGAAUCCAUGUACUUAAAGUUCUACCUAGGUGAAAGAAAAAGGGCAAGUGACAACAAACUCCUUUGUGCCCUACCGUUCAGGGGUAUCCCGCCAGCUCCCAGGGGCGUUGCAAAUAUCACGGUUUGCCUCGACAUCGAUGCCAAUGGCAACCUAAACGUGUCUGCCGAGGACAAAUCGACCGGCCGGAAGGUGACCAUGAGCAAACCGGGCGUCGGGGUCGAAGGAAAGCUUUUGUCGACGGUGGAGGAGGUGGAGGAGAUGGCUCGACAAGGAGAGAAGCACAAGUCGGAGGAUGACGAGCACUCGAAGAAGGUGAGGGUCAUGAAAGCAAUGGAGGAGUAUACAAUUGUGAUCAGAGAAAAUGCGGCGGCGGGAGCCUACUCCCGAAAAGCGGAAGUUGCGUUCAUGGACGUGGUUGAAAAGAUGCUGGAUGAGUUUAAGGAGAAGGCAAAGGACUUUGGAUUGGAAGGUGACACGAAGAUGUGUAAAACCUAGCUCACCUUUUGACAUUCAUAGAUCGUGGUCGAUUUAGGGCUUUCAUUGGAUCUCCACUUGUGUUCUGGUUUUUGCUUAUUCGAAGUAUUUCAUGUUCUUUUUCCUUCGAUCCGUUCAUUUUGUAGUAUUUGAAAUCCAACAAACUCCUUAUUCAUUACCAAUAAUAAUUACGAAGUGUUGGA